UUUAUUAUAUUUCAGAUAGAAUGGAAUUAACGUGUGCAGUUCAAGAAUAUGCCUGGGGGAAACUAGGCCAGAAAAGCCAGGUUGCUAAAUUUGCUCCUGCUGCCUGUAAGGAUUUCAUGUUGGAUGAGAGCAAACCUUACGCAGAACUAUGGAUGGGGGUGCAUCCCAAUGGACCUUCUGUUAUUGCUGAGACAGGGGAAACUCUGGCAGAAUAUAUCAGUAAAAAUCCUGACUGUCUCGGGUCCAAAGUUAGCGAAAAGUUCCAAGGACAGCUUCCUUUUCUUUUUAAAGUGCUCAGCGUAAACAAGGCGCUGUCUAUUCAAGCGCAUCCUGCUAAGGAGCAUGCUGAAAGCCUGCAUGCCACGCGCCCAGACGUUUACAAGGAUCCGAAUCAUAAACCUGAAAUUGCGAUUGCUCUAACUGAAUUCGAAGGAUUAUGUGGCUUCCGACCCCUAGAAGAGAUUCAAGGUUUUUUGUCCAAACUGCCUGAGUUACAAAACUGUCUGGGAGACAAGGCCUGUAAGGAACUAUUAUCUUCCACUCCAGAUUGCUACGAAGUUGCUUUAAAGGCGGGAUUUAAAGCGUUAAUGCAGUCUGAAAGUUCUGUAUUGAAAGUACAACUUGACGCCCUGGCGGUUAGAAUACAAAACACAGAAGGUGACCUACUUGAAGACCUGUAUCUGCGCCUGAUAAAAGAGUUCCCUGGUGAUGUUGGAUGUUUUGUUAUAUAUUUUCUCAACAGGGUCAAACUUCAACCAGGACAGGCUAUGUACCUGGGACCUAAUGUACCGCACGCCUAUCUUUCUGGAGACUGUAUUGAAUGCAUGGCAAACAGUGACAAUGUUGUGAGAGCUGGGUUGACCCCUAAGCUAAUUGAUACUUCAACUCUGGUCAAUAUGUUGGAAUACAGGUGUGGACCGGCAGAAGACCGGAAGUUUGCUGGACAAGAUUCCGGAUCGAGUGUGCUUUUUAAUCCUCCAGUGCCGGACUUUUCCGUAAACCGGAUCCAGGUAUUGAUUUUUAGGAUUUUUUCAAGUCAUGACGACUAUGUCUGCGUCAGGCUUGAAACCCCUGGUUUGGGAGGGAUCGUGAUGGCGCGCCCUUGUCAGGCUAGGGAGCUCCGGGACAAUCCCUAUCUUCUUCAUUUGAUCUCUAUAGGAUGGAGAUCAAUUCUUGAUCCCAAGAUUGACCCCCUCCCCACACACACUACCCCUUCCCCCUAUAUGUUCAUAAUUCCAUUAUUUCAGGGUUCAGUUUUAUUUCUUCCCUGCAACAAGAUUUUGGAACUAUUUCCUGAGGACUGUGAGGAACUAGUAGCUUAUCAAGCUUUCUCUUCAGAUUAAGCUGGGUUUUUUCCUUGAAAAAUGGAGCUUUUCCUUACGAUGAAACAGAUAAAGCAGCUUUCUACCAUAAUUUAAUUUGUUUUUUAAUGACUUAACAGCUAUUAUGAGGUAGCUUUUUUAUUAAGCAGCCUUUUCUUCCGAAUGAAUAGCUUUUUUUUCAGAAAAAAAGUUGCUUUUUUACUGAUUAAACCGCUUUUUACUUGACAAAUUUACUCCUUAUUUUAAAAGUUGCUUUUCACUAGAAAAUAGCAGCUUUAUCAUAGUUUUGAUGUGGUGUACUUUUAUUUGAAUUAAUUUCUGCUUUAUUUAAUAUAAAGUCUUACCAUUAAGAAGCUGUUUUACUGGCUUAAUUUUAUUAAUGAACUUUUUUCAAAAUAACUAUCUUGCUAUUAUAAUAAUGCUUAACACGAGCAUAUAUCCCUUUUUUCUUCCUCUUACUCUGUGUGUUUAGUAUAAUUAAAGGGACUGUACGCGUAAUGUCAAGUGACCGUCCAUGCAAAGAUGACCAUUCCAGAUUUACAACGGUACCUUUCAAACCUUAAGCUCAAAAAUGUGGAGAUACCGUUGUUUUUCUGACCCAAAAGUGUUUGACACUCAUAAUUUCUGCCUUAAUUUAUUACUGUUUGUUUUACAUUAUCGUGGACGCUUCUUGUUAAAUGGAAGGUUUCUUGAAAUUACGCUUACAGUUCCUUUAGAGCAUAAAGUUUAAAAAGCUUUUAUAUAGGACUAGUAUUGUUCUGCAUGAUUAAACUUUAACAAUACGAUAUUUUGAAUGAAAUUUACAAUAUUUUUGCAAGAUCUGUUGAACCAAAUGUUAACACUGUUAAAGAAAUCUUAACGUUUUGUUUGUAGAUAGAAAUUACGAAAAUGUUGAUAAAAUACAUUUUGUUAGUAAUUUUGUAAGAAAUUCGGACAUUUUGUUAUAUUUCGAUCAUUUUAGUAGAAAUUACGAACAUUUUGUCAGAAAUUAUUAACGUAUCGUUAGAAAUUAUGAAUAUUUUGUUCGAAAUUUUAUAAAAAUUGAAAUUCGAACAUUUUGUUGUACUUUUUAACAGAAGAUUAUGGAUAUAAAAAUUUGUGAGAUAUUUCCAUAAUAUUCUUUUCAUAAUUUUGAACAAAACGUUUAAAAUUGAUAUUACGAAGCAUAAAAAUUAGGGUUUCUACAGCUUAAAAUGUAAACUGGUCUAGUCACUAAAGUUAUUUAUUGUCCUAAUGUGAAGACGACAUUGCUAAAUUUACUGAAAACUAUUUUAACUUUCAAUGUGUUCUUAAAAUGUAUUCACUACCACCCUUUUUUCUCAAAAGAAUUGCUUGAAGUAAUUUAAGUAACCCGCCAUGCAAAGAUGUCAAUGCCUGAUUUAUAACCAUACCCUUAAAACCUCUUAUCGGAUCAAUUAUGUGAAUUAUGCAGUUUAAAUGUUACUUUUGAAACCAGAAUUAAGAAUAAUUAGUUAUCAAAAUUUUUAAAAAUCAGUUAAAGCUUUUAAGGAUACCGUUGUAAAUUGGGCAUUGCCAUCUUGGGUCACUUGAAAUUACGCUUACAGUCCCUUUAGUAUUAACUGAGAUUUGAAAACCAGCAGUCAGCAUAAAAUAAUCUAGUCACGUUUUAGUUUUAUACACUUUGUUCUGUUAUACUAUCAUUAUUAUCAUUCCUGUUGUAUGUCUUUAAGCACGGUUAAAGGGACUACUACGUAUUUUCAAGUAAACAUCUAGAGUCACAUGAAAUAUCGUUGACAGUCCCUUUAAAAAUUAUAUGUGCCCUGUCAACCGAACUAUGCAUUUAGAUAAAUAAAUAUAUCUUUUUAUAGAA